CCAUGGAUCAUUACCACAAGUUAGUGGUGAAAUCCCAGAGGAGCCAUGGCUGUACUUGGCAUCACUCUUGCCCUGUUGGUGUGGGUGGUCACCCUCCUGCUUAUAUCCAUCUGGAAGCAGAUCUACAGCAGCUGGAACCUACCCCCUGGACCUUUCCCACUUCCCAUUAUUGGGAAUCUUCUCCAGGUGGAUAUCAAGGAUAUUCCCAAAUCCUUCACCAAGCUGGCCAAGCGCUAUGGGCCUGUAUUCACACUGCACCUGGGCUCACGACGUAUAGUUGUCCUACAUGGCUACAAGGCAGUAAAGGAGGUGCUGCUGAACCACAAGAAUGAAUUCUCUGGCCGAGGUGAAAUCCCCGUGUUCCAGGAAUACAAGGACAAAGGAAUUAUUUUCAAUAAUGGACCCACCUGGAAGGAUGUCCGGCGGUUCUCCCUGAGCAUACUCCGAGACUACGGGAUGGGAAAACAGGGCAAUGAGGCACGGAUCCAGAAGGAAGCUGGGUUUUUGCUGCAGGAGCUCAGGAAGACCCAGGGCCAGCCUUUUAACCCCACUUUUCUCAUUGGCUGUGCUCCCUGCAAUGUCAUAGCUGACAUCCUCUUCCACAGUCGUUUUGACUAUAAGGACAAGACAUGUCUGAGGCUCAUGAGAUUAUUCAAUGAGGACUUCUACCUACUCAGUACUCCCUGGUUGCAGUUUUACAAUUAUUUUUCAGACUACCUAUGCUACAUGCCUGGAAGCCACAGAAAAGUAAUGAAAAAUCUGUCUGAAAUAAAAGCUUAUGCAUUAGAAAGAGCUAAAGAACACCUUCAGUCACUGGACCCCAAUUGCCCCCGGGAUGUCACUGACUGCCUGCUUGCAGAAAUGGAGAAGGAAAAUCAGAGUGGGGAGCUUUCUAUGUACACAAUGGAAAACAUUUCUGUGACUUUGGCUGACUUGUUCUUUGCGGGAACAGAGACUACCAGCACCACUUUGAGAUAUGGGCUUCUGAUUCUCAUGAAGUACCCAGAAGUUGAAGAGAAACUUCAUGAAGAAAUUGACAGGGUGAUUGGGCCAACACGCAUACCUGCUGUCAAAGACAGGUUAGAAAUGCCCUACAUGGAUGCUGUAGUACAUGAGAUUCAGCGAUUCAUCAACCUAGUGCCCUCCAACCUGCCCCAUGAAGCAACCCGAGACACCAUGUUCCAAGGAUACCUCAUCCCUAAGGGCACAGUUGUCAUUCCAACUCUGGACUCCGUUUUGUAUGAUGACCAAGAAUUCCCAGAUCCAGAGAAGUUCAAACCAGAGCACUUUCUAAAUGAAAGUGGCAAGUUCAAGUACAGUGACUACUUCAAGGCAUUUUCUGCAGGAAAACGGGUGUGUGUUGGAGAAGGCCUGGCCCGCAUGGAAGUGUUUCUGCUUUUGACUGCCAUUCUACAGCAUUUUAAUCUGAAGUCUCUUGUUGAGCCAAAGGAUAUCGACCUUAAGCCCAUCACAGUUGGCUUUGGCAACAUUCCACCACACUACAAACUCUGCCUCAUUCCCCGAUCAUAAGUGUAAAAAAAAGACACCCUGGAACACACCUGUCCCCUAAGUGCAGCCUGUGAGAGCCUCUCAGGGCCCAGAAAGAUGCUCCCCAGUCUGUGAGGACCAGCAGCUCCACAGGAGUGAAUCACACCAGAGACAGCCUUUCCACAGUCAAUCUUCAAUUGGAAGCAAAAUUCAAAGAUUUGUUGAACUUACUAAACCAGUAUUCAGUUCAAGGCAGUGUUGAAGUCCUGGAAACAAUGGUAGUUAAGAAUCUCCCACUCUGAGUUCAGCUAUGCUCUUCUGAAAAAGUAGAAUUGUCUAGUCACCAUGGUCAGUAUGUACAAGAGACAGAUAAAAAGGAGGCGGGGGGGUACUGUAGAUAAGGCAGGACUUACUAGCCUGGUCAAAAGCCGUUCCAUUCCCAUCUUGCCUUAGGAGGUGAAGUUGUUUCUUGGCCACACUAUGACCAUCAGUCUGUCCUGUAUAUUAUGGUAAAACAUGUAAAACAAAUCAACACAGCCAUCUAUUAUUAUCUCUCAAUAUUAAAAUGUGACAUUGUAUCUGGAAAAAGAAAUUCUAAGUAUACAGAAGCCCUUGAGGGGAAUGAAACAAAAAUUAACAAAACAUAAAAUCUCAGUGGAUAAAUGUUAAUGUAGUGAAAUGGAAGAGAAUUUAAUAACAAGGACCGUAUCCUCCUUGGCUCAUAUGCACCAGCGAGCCCUUGCUGUGCAUACAACUGUGACUCAUUUUCUCCUUUGUCCUAUGGAGAUGAGAACAGCCCCUUCCCACUGCACACACUUACCAAAACACUGUGCAUUCUGUGUAAAUGUUUCUUAAUAAAAUGUGUAAUAUUUCAAAGCCA